CAUGUGAAUGGAAGAGCAGGGUGCAAUGGCACGCCAUGCGAAUUCAGCAGCCGGUGGAAACAUAGAUGAUGAAAACAGUCAAGCUGAGGGCAGCAAUGUCGAAGGUGCUGUUGGUUACUCACGUAACGAUGCACAUAUCAAUCUAAACAACAAUGUUAAUAACAAUGCUUCUCAACAACAACUACAACAAAAUCAUCCACACUAUGAAAACAUCUAUGAAUCCCUUGAGCAAUAUAAUGCUGCGGCUGCCGCUGCCGCUGCCGCUCCUCCUGCUGCUGGUGCUGGCGCUGGUGUCAAUGCUGUUGCCCCUGCUGAUGAAUUGCCUCAAGCAGAUGUUAACGCCAUACAACCUAACAUUAAUAAUCUUAACAAUGUCAACAAUAACCAGCAAAGGAUUUUACCAAAUAUAAGUUAUAGAAAUGAUCUUUAUGAUCGCACAAACACGACAUCACCAGCUUAUGAUGUGCCGCGUGCCGUGCGCUCCGGUUUGGGUUUUCGUCGCAAUUUUCAUAUUGACUUGCAAGGAGCCAAUCGUUUCAACCCAUCACGUGCCACUGCAGCCAACGCUGCUCCUCUAUAUGGCAGCAACAACAACUGUCAACGACAACGUAGUUUCGAUGACACCGAAUCGCACAAUUACUACAAUUUCAAUUACCAACCCAGCAUGCGUUAUGAAAAUAUUUAUGAACAGAUUCGCGAUGAGCCAAUCUAUCGAAAUACAGGUAGUGGAGCACGUGUCUAUGGUCGUUUGGAUGUCAUCGGCCAUGGCAUUGGACGAAUCGAGCGUCAUUUGAGCUCUUCUUGUGGCAAUAUCGAUCACUACAAUCUUGGUGGACAUUAUGCCGUUCUUGGGCACUCGCAAUUCGGCACUGUUGGUCACAUCCGCUUAAAUACCAGCGCAUCUGUUGCUAAUGCGCCUGUAAUAAAUGGUGCUUGCACCGCUACGCCCCCAGUAGCAAAUAGCCCUUCGGCAACAGCGAAUAUUAUAACAACCGGCAAUCAAAAGGAUGCGAGUAAUGUUAAGAAUAGCGCCUCAUCAUUCUUUAGCUGUCUGCAAGGAGAAAAUGCACAAAGUAUGAGCAAUAUAUAUCGCGCUUCUGUAGGUAUUGGAAGUGGCAUGGCAACAACAUCUGCAGCCGCCGCCGGACAACAAAUACCCAUGCAAUUCAAUGGUGUUCUUCCAAACAACGCCAGAGAACGGGAGCCGCGCUCUGCUUCGGCUGGGCCAUUAACCAUGAGCUGCAGUAGUAAUAAUAAUAGCGGUAAUGGCAGUGGCAGUAUUGAUUUGGCCGCCAGUUCAUCAAGUAAUCGUCAAACAGGGGCCAUACCAAAAAUAAAAGGUUUGAAUUCCAAUAAAACUGGCGCCUCGAACAGUGCCACUAAUGCUGCAGCGGAGAAGGCGCUAUCCAUCAAGAAUGCAAUUACUAAAAAAGCGGCAGCCAACUCGAGCACUUCGCAACAAGCGGCCACUACAAAGGCAAGUACGACUAGCUCAGAGACUCUACCAAUUCUGGCACCUUGAAUCGCAUCUCAAAAUCUUGUCUACAUGGCUUUUGGUUAACAAGUGGCUACCAUUGUGGAUUGGACAGGGACCAGAUUGUAAGGUGAUCGAUUUCAAUUUUAUGUUUUCUCGUGAUUGUGGCGGUUGUGACGCCGCCUCUGCUGCCACGCAUAUGUCGAAUCCUUACUACACUCCACGUCUCGGCAAUAUGAUGCCGCAUGACCUGGUGCGUUUCAGUGCUGCCAAUGCCGAGAUGCAUGCACCCUGCGCUGCAGCAGCAGCGGCGCUGAGACGCGACCUCAACAUGCG